AUGAGGAGGAGGGGGAGGAGAAGAAGCAGCAGCAGCAGCAGCCGCCGAAGUUGCAAUCCGUUGGGAUGGGAAAUAAGCGGAGCAGGAAGACGGCGCCGGAGAUCGCCCGCGAAGGCAUCACAAACAGACAUGUUUUCCAGCAAAACCUUCAAAGCAGAAUCAGGGAAGGCACCAGGGAGUUCAAGUACCCCGAAAACCGCAGUUUCUCGCAUCAGGUCCUGUAUUGCGGCCAAAGAAACUAGGACAAUAGAGAUCAUGGCCUUUGAGGUUGCCAACACAAUUGGCAAGGGCUACAAUCUGAUGACAUUCCUCUCUGAACAAAGCUUGAGGAACCUGAAGUCUGCGGUGCUUCAGUCCCAAGGCGUCCGAUGCUUGGUUUCAGAUGAUUGCAACAAGUUACUUGCUCUUGUCGGAGGCGAAAAAAGGGAGGAGUUUAAGGAGUUUGCUACAGAUGUUGCUCGGUACGGAAACCUAUGCAGAGAUCCGAAAUGGCACAACUUGGAUCAGCAUUUCUCGAGGUUGGAGUCUGAACCCACACAUCAGAAAUACUCUAAAGAAGCAGCAGCUUCCAGUAUGCAGUAUCUCAUGGCGCUUGCGGAGCAGACAGCGCAACUGUACCAUGGAAUGCGUCGGUUCGACAUCUCCGAGGAGAUAUACAAGAAAAAUUAUGAAGAGCACAUGGAAGGACAGGAGGACCAGUUCUGUUCAAUCCAAUCUCUUUCGAACGCUGUGGAGAUCGAAAGAAAAUUCGUCAAGGACUUGAAGAAGCAAACACUUUGGAUGAAGAAGAUGGAACAUGUUGUGGAAAAACUUGUUUGCGUUGUACAUUUCUUGCGGUUAGAGAUAAAAAAUGUCUUCAAGAAAUACGAAGAUGAAUCAAUGGAAGUGAAAGGGACGAUUCAGUUAACUUUAGGGUCUGCCGAUCUCGCUCUGCAUUAUGCGAACAUCAUUUUCAAGAUAAAGAGUUUGGCUUCUCAUUACCAGGCAUCAUUUGUACCGUCAAUUCCGAAAAGCGGCGUUGAUUCAUUGUACCAAGCGUUGCCUCCAUAUGUCAGAUCAGCCAUACAAACCAAGUUGAAAUGUCAUGAGUACAAAGAAAAGAGGACAGUUGAACAGCUCACAUAUGACAUGAACAAGACAAUGAAAUGGCUCUUGCCAAUGGCAGAAUCCACAAUAAGGGAGCCCAACGGAACAAAUGGCAGGAAGGCGCUCAAGAUUCAGACGCUAUACCAUGCCGACAAGGAGAAGACCGAACACUACAUUCUGGACAUGGUGCUGGCUCUCCACCAUCUCGUAUGUGCGAUCCAUGCGAGGCUCGACAAGUUCUUGAACAGUACUUCUGAUCGGUCGGAGAUGCAGGAGGCGAGCAAUUCAGUUAGCACUAGCCAUAGUGGACCGGCAAGCCCCUUUCACCGUGGAAGGGAUAGCCCCCGGAUCCCCAUAUCAAUGAUAACUGUACAGGAAAGUAUACAGCGUUAG